GGCGGCACUUUGUCCUACUACUUGCCGCCGAGCUCCAAACCAAGAACACACAAAUCCGUUGACCACUAUUGCCUCGAUCACCUAAUGGCGUCCGGCUGUUCAUCCAACGCGCUACAGGCGAUCGCCGGAGCAGGGGCCGCGCCGGAGGCGCCGGUGAAGCUGAAGCUCUACUCCUUCUGGCGAAGCUCGUGCUCGCAGCGCGUCCGCAUCGCCCUCAACCUCAAAGGACUGGAGUACGAAUACAAGCCGGUGAAUCUCCUCGCAAACGAGCAGUCAGACCCAGAAUUUGAGAGGUUGAACCCAAUCAAGUAUGCUCCGGCAUUGGUGGACGGCGACACGGUCAUCGCAGAUUCCUUUGCAAUCUUGAUGUACCUUGAGGAUAUGUACCCCCAGCAUCCUCUGCUACCACAAGACCCCCAGAACAGGGCUCUGAAUAUCCAGAUUGCAAGCAUAGUCAGUUCAAGCAUUCAACCGCUCCAAAACUAUCCUGUUCUUAAUUUCAUAGAGGAGAAGUUGGACUCGAAUGAGGCGAUUAAGUGGACCCAGCAUCACAUCAAUAGGGGCUUCACAGCUCUUGAGAAGCUGUUGAAAGGAUGCAAUACUACAUAUGCCACAGGAAACGAAAUCCAGUUGGCAGAUAUAUUUCUGGAACCCCAGAUAUACGGUGGUAUUAAGCGCUUUGGAAUUGAUAUGUCAAUUUACCCUGUUCUGGCAAGGCUCCAUGAAGCUUAUAUGGAACAUCCUGCAUUCCUAGCUGCAUUGCCAGAGAGGCAACCAGAUGCGCCUUCCUCCUGAGCACGUAUGCAAAACCUAUUGGCUAUUUGGAACCGCCUCUUGCAGCGCUAUGUGUCAUGGAUCUAAAUAGCAGAAAUAGUGCCAAUAGUUGUACUUCAUGCAAAUUCUAAGUUGAUUUGUAACAAAUGGUUAUCUAUUUAUGUAUGCGAGACAACAAGGAAAACUACCAGAUGAUAUGUAGAAAAUGAAUAUAUGGCAAAGGAAGUGUGUGUUACAACUA